UCUUGUUUUGAAUCGAACAAAUUUCGUUUUGCAAAUUUAUUGUUUUUGAUGAAACUAACCUAGGUACUUUGGUUACUUUCCCCAUCAUAUUUUUCCCUGAAAAUUGAGAAACGUGUCACGACAAUUUUGAACCCUUUAAUUUUGAAUUAUAUAGAAAUAUCAGAGUCAACAAAUAAGUCAAUCUCAUCUUACUGUUUAUACUUUGGAUCCAGUCACUUCACUGUAACUUGGAAUAUUUUGGAAUAAACUUGAGGUGUGAAUUGUGUUAUAUUCAUUUACGACUGAUAUUAGUGGGAAAUAUUCAUUGACUUAUUUGACGAAUAUGAGCACGUCACAGAAGGAAGAACCCAGUCUAUUAAUAGAAUUUGAAAGUGUGGACACAGAUAAGGUUGGCAGCAAAAUAGAUCAAAAUGUAAUUUUGAAAAGUGUGGACACAGAGUUAGGAGAUUUUGUACAAACAGAAUCAAAUAUGGAUAAGAACUUUGAAACAAAUAAAACGGAUGAACAGGAAGCACAGAAGACAUCAGAGGCGACAGGCGGAGCUAGGCCAAGAAAGUAUACCGAUAAAGGUAAAGAAUUUAGUGAAGAACAAAUAACCAAAUCCUAUGAUGGAUUAAAAAGAUUAAGUGAAAAAAUAAUAAGACUGAUUUCUGAUAACGAAACAUUCGAGACAAUAAGAUUGCGCUAUGGAAAUUGGAUGCAGGAAUAUGAACAAUUUCAUAUCCAACAUAGAAUUCAUUUUGAUAAACUUAAUGCCCUUGAGCAGGAAGAUUAUAUGAAAAUUCAUACUACAAGAGAUACUUUUCUAAUGAACAGUCAAUUCAAGAUUCAAGAAUAUCUCAAUGCAAAUCCAGUGAAAGUGCAGGCAAGUGUUCAUGGGAGAUCAGUAAGAAGCGCGGGUAGCUCGUCCGUAUCUUCAAAACGACUUGAAGUCGAGGAAAAAAGGAUUGAGCUUGAGGCAAAACGACAAGCAAUGAAACGUAAGCGAGAACUUGAAAUGGCAAAAGUGGCAUUACAGUUAGAUGAAGAUGAACUGCAGAUGCAAACUGAAAUAGCUGUAGCUGAUGCAAAAGCUAAGAUAUACGACAAGUUUGAAAAGGGUGAAAUUGACCAUGUUGAAACUCCGAAAGUAAAACUUGAAAAUGUUGAAUUGAAAUCAAAACCUUUGCAAAGUACAGUACAGCCAGCUAUCGAAACAGCAAUUUUAGAUCCGAUGGCAAAAAUAUUUCAACCAGUUAAAACGAAAUCAGACAUUUUAAAGGAAACAAGUAAGUUAGAUUUCGUUAAUCUACCGUCCGUCAACAUGAUCAAAAACACUUCUAAACUUCCGAAACAAAAUGUUCAUGAAUCAUACGGACCAACUCAAAGUGACGAUAUAACAUCUGCGCCAAUUCAAAAUUCGGCUAUAAAUACUAACAGUAGUGUAGAAACAGCCUUUCAAAGUAUGGUGCAGCAUUUGAGAAAACCGACACCGGAAAUAAGGAAAUUUAGCGGAAAUCCAUUGGAAUAUAGGAAGUUUUUAAGACAAUUUGAAUCAAAGGUUGUUUUGAACUGUGAACAAGAUGAUGAGAAGAUGAAUUACCUCGAGCAGCUGACAUUUGGAGAAGCACAUAAGGUAGUAUCUAGUUACAGUCACCUGCCAGGCGAUAGAGCAUAUAAGGCAUCAAUGCGUCAUCUUGAAGAGCGAUAUGGUGAUACAGACGUGAUGGCCUCAGCCUUUAUUAAAAAAGCUUUGGAUUGGCCUAAUAUUAAAUCAGGAGAUAUUCAAUCCUUGGACGAAUUUGCAUUGUUUUUGGUUGAAUGUCAGUAUGGCACGGAGAGUAUGGAAGCCGGAAGUGUUUUAGAGUAUUCUGAAAAUAUCAAACGUCUGAUGUCAAAAUUGCCCUUCCAUAUGCAUGAUCGCUGGAGAAAUGUUGUUUUUCGUGUAAAGGAUUCACAUAGAACAGUUAAGUUUAAUGACUUUGUGAACUUUGUAAAAGCAGAAGCCAAGAAAGCUACAGAUCCGACAUAUGGCAACAUUGCCAUGAAUUAUUCAAAUUCUAGAAAUACGAAUCAACAGCGACAACAUGGACAAAAGGUUUCAAAUGUAUGUGAUGUGGCAAAAAGGGCACCUAGUACUGAGAUGCGCUGUUCCUAUUGUGAAGGUACACAUGCUUUAGACAAAUGUAAACGACUUACAGCUCGUCCACGUGAAGACCGAAUCGCUUACUUGAAAUCUAAGGGAUAUUGUUUUGGUUGUCUUAAGAAAGGCCACAUGAGUAAUAAAUGCAAUAGGAGACUCAAAUGCUCAAUAUGUGCGCGACUUCAUCCAACUAUACUUCAUAUUGACAAUCAAAUUAACAAACAAUCAUCGUCACAGCAAGAGCCAUCUGUUAAAAAGGAUGAUCCUCAAAUACCCACAAAUCAUGAAGGCACACAGCCAGUUGUAGUUAGCUCCAUUAGUAGUGAUAAAGGGGCUGGUGAUGUGAAUUGUGCUAUGGCAAUUAUCCCUGUGCGAGUUAAAUUGAACAAUAGAUCCCAGAGUGUCGAGACUUAUGCUUUCUUCGACUCAGGCAGUAGCAUAACAUUUUGUAGCCAGAAGUUAAUGCGUCAACUUGGAGCUAAUGGAAAGAAAACUCAGAUAACUAUAAGUACAAUGGGAAACACACAAACUAUUAAUACAUGUGCAAUUAAUGGCCUUCAAGUGUCUAGUCUGUCAAUGGAACACAUGGUGGAUUUGCCUAAAGUAUAUACUAAGGAAAACCUGCCCGUAUCAAAGGAACAUAUUCCUACUCAAAGAGAAAUCAAGAAAUGGACUCAUUUGGAAUCAGUGGAUAUCCCAGAGAUUGAUGCGGAUAUAGGAAUUAUGAUAGGUAACAACGUACCUGAUGCUUAUACACCGUUUAACGUAUGCACGGGACCGAGCGGCUCCCCACACGCCACAAAAACGAGACUUGGGUGGAUAUUAUGGAACGUUAUAAGAGACAGUUCAAGCUUUGAAGUGAAUAGAGUUCAUAUGCAAAAUGAAGGAUGUGAUGAAACACAGUUGAAUUUAUUAAUGCAGAGCAUUAACUUAGACUUUCCAGAACGAAUGAACGAAGACAAAAGAGAGAAUUCUAUUGAUGAUAAAAUAUUCAUGCAGCAAGUUGAGAGCUCUAUACAUUUAGAAAAUCAGCACUACUGCAUAGCACUUCCGUUUCGAGACCAGCAUGUUGUUUUUCCGAAUAAUUCAGUACAAGGCAUAAAAAGGCUAAACGGACUCCGACACAAGUUUGCCAAGAACGAUAACUUCAAACAACAAUACUGUGAUUUCAUGUCAAAGAUAAUUGAGAAAGGCUAUGCAGAACCUGUACCUACUGAAGAUGUAGAUAGAAAUGAUGGCAAAGUUUGGUACCUACCGCACCAUGGAGUUUACCAUGCGAAAAAACAGGACAAAAUACGAGUUGUUUUCGAUUGUUCUGUAAAAUACAUGGGCAUUUCUUUGAAUAGUCAGCUAUUACAGGGUCCAAACCUUGCUAACAAUCUUUUAGGCGUACUUAUCAGAUUCCGACAGGAUAAAAUAGCAGUCUUAGGUGACAUCGAAUCAAUGUUUUACCAGGUGAAGGUUCCAGUUGAGGACAGAGACUUCUUACGUUUCUACUGGUGGGAAAACGGAAAUGUUGAUACUGAACCUAAAGAAUACAGGAUGACAGUACAUUUGUUUGGGGCUACUUCUUCACCGAGUUGUAGUAAUUACGCUCUACAAAAUACGGCAAAAGAAAACAAGGAUAGAUUUGAUUCUUUGGUGAUUGAUACACUGACAAAGAACAUAUGA